GAUCCAUCAGAUCUAUAGAUUAACGCGACGAAAACCUCUCCAUAACCCAUCAAAUCCAUUUCAUUCAAACAAAGUAAGUAACUAUCCGAUAUCUAUGCCCAUCUUGCACCGCAUAUCGCAUUGUUGACGCGCCUACCCAUCAUCUUGCGCCAAUGUCUGUGAUUCUCUCACACCACGCAUUCUUACUAACUAAUUUCCAUAGGAAACAAUGCCUAGUGUCACUAGAUCCUCUUCUGGCAAGAUCCCAGUCAAGCAGCCUGUCUCACCACCUGUCGACGCUCCUAAGCCAAAGAAGGCCGCAAAAGCAAACACCGGAAAGAAGGUUGCCCCAACGAACGGGGUUAAGCCAACCAAAGGGUCUAAGCCAACUGGCGUUCAGAAAAAUGCCCCAAAGAAGGAGUCCACAGUUGCUGCCAAGGUUAAAGCUGCUGUAGAGAAAACUGAAAAGGUCGCCGAGGAAGCUGCAGAGACCGCUGAAGAAAAAGUCGAGGAGACUACUGCUGCUACUGCUGAGAAGCCAGCGCCCAAGGCGAAGGCUACCGCACCAAAGAAGCCUGCCACCACCACCAAGAAGCCCGUUUCUAAGAAACCCGCCGUCAAGGCGGCCUAAGCAAAAACACCUCUAUCAAAAAUCAAUCGUUUUCCAGGAACACAGAUGGAGGUGUCUCUUUCAAGAGCCUUUAAAAUAUAACAACCCUUUGGAUUGAACAUAAAAUCAUUCCUUCUAGUUGAUACCCAAUAUCUUUGUUCUGAGCGAGCGGUACUUUGGAGUGUAUAUGAAUGUGCCCUGGCGUUUCUCAGGCGUUUUCUAGUUUUUGGGACGAAGGUGGUUAUGCUAUGCUCAAUGUUAUGACUUGUGGAUCUUUUGGAGGGACUGUAUCUAGAUAGUAUCUAUGGAUGCGUAUUUGGGAAUAGGGGAAUGCUUUUUCGUUAUCUUUACUUUUGGAAGAAGAAUUGUGACGAGGGAGAUUUUGGGAAGACGGAACAGCUUGUUAAAUGAACAGAAGAUGGAUCUAAAGGAAUUGUAAAUGAUUUAUAUCGAAUGAUUUGAAUGCUAGCA